AUGUCAGUCUCUUCACAUUCUGUUUGCGAAGAAGUUGUUUUUUAUCCAUUACUCGAGAAACAUCUUCCCAGUGGGAAAGAAGUAGCCGAUCAUUCUCGUAAGGAACAUCUCCAGGUCAAAGAGGAUCUAGUCAAAUUGGAUAAAAUGAAUGUCACUGAUGAAGGCUACAAUGAACUCGUCGAAAAAACCAUGAAGGAACUUCAAUCUCACAUUAAAGAAGAGGAGACCUCCAUUUUUCCCAAAUUUAAAGAAGCCGUCGCUGCUAAUGUCCUCAACGAGGCUGGCGAAAAAUUCGUUUCUACGCGUAAGAUGGCCCCUACCCAUCCUCAUCCCGGUGCACCUGAUAAGCCUCCAGCGGAAACUGCUGCGGGGAUGACGGCCUUGCCUCUUGAUAAGGCUCGUGACUUGACUCGAGACUUCGUCGAUACGGGUCGUGAAUCUUAA